AUGCAUAAACCAUCGCUGGCCCAGAUUGUGUACGGCACACUAUUCCCGCGCCCGCGCUCCAGUGAUCCGACCACCUUUUCGGCGCACAUCACCCGCAACCUCGUCCCAGAAGUUCGGAUCGAAACGUCCACUUUCUACGGAUCGCUCGACUGCCCUGAGGCUCAAUACCCGGGGCUCGACUACUCCUAUGGCCCUCAUCGCAUGAGGCUGGGUCGAUUUCCAUGGCACCGCAGACUGUUCCGAGCCUUCGAUGAGCUACGGCUGACCGAGGCCGAGAUCUCCUCCUUGUGUCGCUGGGAGGGAACCAAGUCGGCGCGCGAGCGAUACGAGAAGGAAGAAGGGGUCCGGGUCCGCGACACGACCGCUGAUGGUGUCCGACCAGAGUCUCCUGUCUUCCUGGCCUCGAUCGAAGUCCACUACGAGGAUGAUCCGGAACCCGCCAAGGAGCCCGAAGUUCGAAUCGAGACGUUCGAGGACGUGCGUCCUACCAGCGACCUGAUCGAUGAUCGGGGGAUUGACUGUAUCGUGGAAGAAAAGGCGGAGGACGACUCGAGUGACGACGAGAUGGAAAGCUGCGGAGUGGAGUUGAACCAUCGCCUGAUGGCAGCGACCGCGGCCCGCGAGCAGGGUGCCGACGUGCCCCUCGACGAAGACUGGGAACAAUGGCUGAAAGAAGCCGGGGAACGAGGCAGCUACACGGACGUGCUGAGUGCGAUCCGCACGGGCCAGCCAUUGAGUUACCUCGACGACGUCCCUUCUCUGAUGCCGACCCUGAGUAGAGGCGGCCUUCGAUCUUCCUCUCUCUCCGAACCAUUCCUGCUGCCCACCCCGUCCACCAGGCUUUCGGGCGCUGCGGCGCGGCGGUAUCCCCACUCCCCACCGUCCAGGAGUACCCGAUAA